AUGGACGGGUACCAAGACACCCUUAACGCGGACACGCACCGCCUGUACUACCGCAACUGCACCAUCGACUUCGUAUUCGGCAACAACCUCUCCCUCUUCCAAAACUGCACCUUCAUCACGUGCAAGCCCGACCCCAAGCAGGGGUGCAUGGUGACCGCCCAGGGCCGCUCCGACCCCAAGAGCAACACCGCAAUCAUAAUCCAGAACAGCAGGUUCACCGCCGAGCUGGCGGUCCUCGCCGCGAAGCCGCAGGUGCAAGCGUACCUCGAGUGUCCGUGGAAGGAGCUGUCGAGGACCAUCAUCAUGCAGUCCGAGAUUGAGGGCUUCAUCAACUGCUUCGAGCCCUGCGGAUGUGGUUGGCAGCCGCAUAGAAGCAAUAGUUUGAGGUGGUGA